UGACGCGUGUUUCGGUGCGGAGCCUGUGGAGCAGGCGGAUCGGCGGCACUGAACACUGUCGGUAUUUACCUGUCAACACACGGAGCCACCGAACCAGCCGAGCACCGGGGAUUGAUUCUACUUGAGUUUCCAGCAGUAAACAGCGGAAGAGCCAGACUCAUCCUCGCGGUCCCGACAUGGCUCUGACCCGGGCGGAGUGGAGCGGAGAGCGGGGUUUAAAUCUCUCCUCUCGUCCCGUCUGUUGACUGGAAGAAGUGAGCGGAGCAGGAGCCGAGCUGGUGUUUCUCCUAGAUAAAGAAGUUGGUCUCCAUUGUCCGGACAACACAAACCACCCCACACGGGUUUCGACGUGUUUGUUCGUUCGUUUUUUUUUGCCUCCCGGAGUUAGUUUUUCUGAGUGUUUUUCCCGGAGGUGGCGAACUGAAGGCGGCUCACCGAGUCGGCACGGACCGCUGGAGCUGGUCCUGAAAAUGGAGGCUGUGAUCGACAAGGAGUGCAGCGCGCUCGGAGGACUCUUCCAGACGGUCAUCGCAGACAUGAAAAGCAGCUAUCCUAUUUGGGAGGACUUUAUCAGCAAGGCCGGCAAACUGCAGUCGCAGCUCAGAGCGACAGCAGUUGCCGUGGCUGUCUUCCUGGACGCCUUCCAGAAAGUGGCCGACCUCGCUACCAACUCACGAGGUGGAACCAGAGACAUUGGAUCAGCUUUGACCAGGAUGUGUAUGAGACAUCGCAGCAUAGAGGCCAAACUCAAGCAGUUCUCCAUGGGUUUCCUGGAGUGUCUGAUCAACCCUCUACAAGAACAGGUGGAGGAUUGGAAAAGAGGAGUAAAUACUUUGGACAAGGACCACGCCAAAGAAUAUAAAAGAGCUCGGCAGGAAAUUAAGAAGAAAUCUUCGGACACCCUGAAACUUCAGAAGAAAGCCAAGAAAGCUGAUAAUCUAGGUCGAGAUAUCCAGCCCCAGUUGAACAGCGCCAUGCAGGAUGUCAGUGAUAAAUACAUUCUGCUGGAGGAGACGGAGAAACAGGCCCUGAGGAAGGCGCUCAUAGAGGAGAGACAGAGAUUCUGCUGCUUCGUCGCCAUGCUCCGGCCUGUCGUGGAUGAGGAGAUUUCUAUGUUGGGAGAGGUCACCCAUCUCCAGGCCAUCUCUGAUGACCUCAAGGCCCUGACCUCUGACCCACACAAGCUUCCGCCUGCCAGUGAACAGGUGAUCAUGGAUCUGAAGGGCUCAGACUAUGGUUGGUCAUAUCAAACGCCCCCCUCUUCCCCCAGCCACACCAUAUCCAGGAAGUCCAGCAUGUGCAGUAGUCUGAACAGCGUUAACAGUAGUGACUCCAGGGGAUCCAGUGGCUCCCACUCUCAUUCUCCUUCCUCCUCUUCUUCCUCCUCUUCCUCACACCAACUCUUCAACCACCACCACCCCCGCCAUCGGUACCGUAGCUCCACGCUGCCGCAGCCGGCCCCAGCUCGGCUCUCGAGCAUCUCCUCCCACGACUCGGGUUUCAUUUCUUCAUCGCAGGACCAGUACAUGUCGUCCAAAUCAUCCUCGCCUAUGCCAGCUGAAACAAAGGCUUGUCCCAGUUCCAGUUGCUCUGAGGUGUCAGAGACUGGGCAGCUUCACAGUGACUGCAGCGCCCCCUCUUCUCUAGAUGCUGCUACUGCACCUGAGCACACUGACCAGUUGUCCAAUGGCUUUGACCACUACAGUCCGGCCAGUUCCCCCUACCUGCAUAGCAACGGGGGGAGUCUGGGCUCGGGGUCGGCCACCGCCUUCCCGUUCUACCCUCCCUCCUCCUCAUCCUCAUCCUCCACCUCCUCCUCUUGCCCCACUCGCUCAUGGUCCCGUCCCGCCUCAGCCUUGCUGCCAGACUACACUCAAUACUGCACGAUGGGCUCGCCCAUGGUGCCGUCAUCUCAAGUCCCAACCUGGAAGGACUGGGCAAAGCCAGGGCCUUACGACCAGCCCAUGGUCAACACACUAAGGAGGAAGAAAGACAAGGAGACCCCGACUGUCAUCAACAGUAAUGGUAACAUGAACAGCGACGGCUCGACCUCGACCUCAGCACCAGCUCGGGCUGUGCUACAAACACCAAGCUCAUCGGCUUCUGUGGUAGAGAAAAGCAGGACUGUGGCGGCACCUCUCAAGGCUGGUGAAAUCGAGGUCCACGAGGAACUGGCCCUAGUCUUGUCCAGAGGUCUGGAGCUGGACACCCAGAGGUCCAGCAGGGACUCCAUGCAGUGCUCGAGUGGCUACAGCACGCAGACCAACACACCCUGCUGCUCCGAAGACACCAUACCCUCACAAGUGUCAGAUUAUGACUAUUUCUCAAUGGCUGGAGAUCAGGAUCCUGAGCAGCAGCAUUCUGACUUUGACAAGUCCUCCACCAUCCCCAGAAACAGUGACAUCAGUCAGUCCUACCGACGCAUGUUCCAAACCAAACGCCCAGCCUCCACAGCCGGCCUGCCCAGCACACAGGCUCCGUACCCUGGACAGGGGGCCUACCCCGCCGGGCCUUAUCCUCCCACACCUAUCCACACAGGAGCUUAUCCAUCUCACCCAACAGGGCCUUAUCCCCCCACCCCUACAGGCCCAUGUUCAGGUCAGGCGUUUUAUUCCGGAUCCAGCUCCCAUAAUGCCUCUGGCUCCUAUCCUACACCGGGGACUGCCACAAUCCGCCGCACCCCGUCCUCAAAACCUUCCGCCCGCCGCUCAGGCUCUGUCGGGGGGACAGGCCCAAUCCAUAUUCGCACGCCCGUCGUCCCGGUUAAAAUCCCAACGGUGCCUGAUAUGUCUGCAGCAUUUAACGGGAACAGGAAUGCUGAGGAGAGGCGAGGAGGAGGAGAAAUCCCAUACUCUCCCACAUUUACAGGAGGUGAGGAUGUUGACACGUUGCCUGUGAUGUCCUGGAGCGGUCAGGCUACGACCAACCCCCCCACCGUCCCGCUGCCCAACCAGCUGACCCAGCAGCACCUUCAGAGCGAGACUGGAGGAGAGGAGCCGAGGGAAGAGGGGAAGGGAAACAUGCUGGUGGCCAUUCGCAAGGGGGUCAAGCUCAAAAGAGCCCUCACCAAUGAUCGCUCCUCACCGCGCAUCGCAUGAAGACAGCAUCACAAUAUUCAGAAACAUGACCCUGUGUCAUCAUAUUGAGGCUCCCCUUCAUUAUAUUUGUAAAUGAGGUUAAAGGCUUUAAAAAAAAAGUGUUGCUGCUAAAGAUGCAAUGUACAGAAAUGCUAGCUUGAGAAGUCAUCGGCAUCUACUCUACAUUUCUCAGUGUCAAAUUCCGUCUGUGAGAAGCUCUCACUACAGAAUGAGAGGGAAACAUAGAUAUGCAAUCAACAAGUCUCCUAGUUUGGCUUAAGAUGCCACAGAAAAUACAUAAAGCCAGGUUUGUUAAAAUAUAGGUUGUGGAUCACAGGCCCAUUUAAGUUAGCGCCUUAGUUGAACAGUCUGUGUGAAACAAAGAGAAAAGACCUUAUCUCUUACAAACAUCACAAUAAAGGAUUCUGGCCUAAGCAAUAAAAUGGAUUUGCAAAUCCGAGCCAGUAACUGCGUUAUCCCAGUAUAAAACAUGAGGACGUUCCUGUUUAUAGCAAGAAGCACAGAGCAGCGACACCUCACACUAUGUCCAUGUCUCCAAGGGAACAGUAAAGACGCACUUGUGGUCAGUCUCCGAAGACGAGGGUUGGACGAGGACGACGUGUGUCUGCCUCUUCUCAGUGUGAGAAAACUGUCUAAACACCUCCUUGUAGCGGGAGUGCAUUGUACCACAGAGGGAUGAACUAACACUCUAGCUGCAUAGUGUCCUGGCAGAAGAAGCACAGCAGCCACUGCAAGAACAACACAGCGUCAAGAGAGCAAUAUCCAGGUGCACUAGAGGAGUAAUGGCUCCAUUUGGCACCUCCUGGACUGCAGUGGCCGCUCACUUGUUUGAAGAGACCCCUGAUGGCUCUAGGAAGCUGCUGUGUUGUCAAAGCCGUCCUGAACUCACAGUUCAAAUACUAAAACACGUCCACAGAGCUCCACGGGGCGGAGGCGUGAACAACAGAGACAUCUCCUCGAAAAGCAAAGGACGCUGUCGCCACACGCGUGAUGAGUCACUUUCUGUUUUGUAGUUUCUUUUAGUAUUAACAUGAUUUGUAAAUAAUUAUACGAGUGUCCGUGUCGCUGCCUCUCACUCUGUCUCUUUGCCACAUUUCCGCCUGCUCCACUGUGCCAGCUUCAUUCAGUUUCACAUCUAUAGACAUAAAUGUUUAUACGACGAUCAUCAAACCCCAAAUGCCUCAAGAUGCGAAUUGGUUUUCUUUUUCAUUAUAGCCUCCAAUAUGGUUCUCAUUUAAUCUGCAGUAUCUACACGCCGAGCGGUGCGGCUACUCCUCAGUGGUUUGUAGUUAUAUAUUAGUCCUUAUAUAUUAGCCUCUUCUUGUUUUGUAGCAUUUAUCAGCCACACUGCAGCCUGUGCAUUGAUCGCUUAUAACAUUACUAUAUACAUAUAUAGUAUUAAAUGUUUUUAUAGAAGUUGAUGAGGCACAUCAGUUUGUGAGUUCUCAGUGGUAAUCCCACACUGUUUGAAUUCUUCUGUCUGGCUGCUGUCGAACUCUUUCCUCUUUGAAACACAUUUAGCUUGCAUGCAUUUUUUAAUUCAUUCGUUUUCACGUGUCAUAUUUUUUUGUAUUGGUAUCAUAAACUUUUUCUUUCUAGAAGCUCAUACUGAAAUCUGUUGUGUAAUUUAAGAGCCUCAUCGUUAUGGGUGCAUUCAUUUUUUGUAUCUGAACAACAGGAUGUUUCGCCCUCAGACUUAUUCAGUUUUAAGACUAAAAACUGAAAGCGUUUAAUGUCACUGACUUAUCGUCUGUGUUUUCAUUUUUCUUUUCAGUUCAAGCACUGUGAGACCAUGGCUACUAUGACAUGUAUGAAAGUGUAAAUAUUAAUUUAGCUGCACAAGUUAGUCCAGGAGCUCACGCGUUUUUGUAAUUUAUUUUCUUUGUCAGUCUUUAAAUCAUCGUUUCGUCUUUCUCAACCUAUCACUAUUUUUAUACUUGUAUAAAAUAUCAGAGUUAUAGAGUUGCCUCAUCUAUUCAUGCAUGUGUUUUCUGAUUGUAGCAGUGAAAUGUUCGACUGUCCCGCUACAGUUCACUUUAAGUCCCUUAUUUCACACCAACUCAUGCAUAGAGAGUAUUUGAAUAAUAACAGAAAUGCUUCAAGAAAGUGUAUUUUUUUUUUGUGAGCUGCAGGUUCUCAGAGAAAAGAAAAGUCUGGGUUCUGCAGUGGAGACAUUUAAAUCAGUAUUAUGAGAGCAGAUUUCUGGACGAUGCAGGGAUGCAGUUUCUAUUAAAGUUUGUUUUGAAAGACAUGCAGAGCCACCUUGAGGAUGGUUACAAUUUAGCAUGUUUGCACCUCAGUUGUGAAAAUGACAUUGAACACUUAAUCUGUUUGGCAUCUUAUUAGAUUUUAACAAAUGGUACAGUGCCCACAGUGUCUGGCCACUCUGGCCUUGUAGGACCCGAGUCUCCCAGAGACAUCGCAGCAAGAAAAUCCACUUUGUUUAUAGUAUUUUCAACAUGUCCCAUGCGUUUAGUGUAUUAUUGUAUAUUAUAGAGAGGUUAAAUAGGAAAGGAGGGGGGCGAAAUAAUAGGGGAUUACAUCACAAAGCACAUUUGGCAUUGAACAUACCCCCUGUGGAAAGGUGACGUCAAUGCUUUGGGAAACCCAGCAUUCAGUUCUCGAUAUUGUUGAUGAUGUUAAUAAUCUAGUUUUUUUCUUUUUUUUUUUUUUUCUGGCCGUCCACUUGUCUGAAACUUGUAUUGUCAUCAUGUAAUUUUUCGUAUUUAAAUUGCUAGCAUAAAUAUAUAUAUAUAUUAUAUCAGAGCUGCCAAAUGUCACUAUAUCCUAUGAAUGAGAAAUUAAUAGUUUGUGAGGGUUUGAACUUUCAGUUUAACCUGGUUUAUAGUUUUUAUCUUAUUGCUCCCCCCCCCCCACCCCCACCCCGAGGAGAGUUGAACUCUCUCUCUCUCUCUUUCUCCUCCCAUGUACAGUUCAACAGGCUAUGAUGCAGUUUGUUUCAGGAAGUAAAAAGGUUGUUAUUUGUUUUUUGUGUAAUGACAGCUUUAGCAUUAUAAUAAAAAUAUACAUCAAUUUUA